AUGACGACUGUGCCAGUCAGCGAAGUCAAGAGCACGCACGAUCGCUCAUCCAGAACCGCAGCGCAUUCCCAUAUCAAAGGACUAGGUCUAUCAAGCGAUGGACGCGCAACUCCCUCAGCUGGCGGCUUCGUCGGCCAAGCUGCAGCACGAGAGGCAUGUGGACUAGUCGUCGACCUCGUCAAGGCGAAGAAGAUGUCAGGCAGAGCCGUGCUACUCGCAGGUGGUCCCGGAACCGGUAAAACCGCAUUGGCGUUGGCUGUGAGCCAGGAGCUGGGUACCAAGGUGCCAUUCUGUCCGAUUGUUGGCAGCGAGAUCUACUCUGCGGAGGUCAAGAAGACCGAAGCGCUCAUGGAGAACUUCAGGAGAGCGAUAGGUCUUCGCGUGAAGGAAACCAAGGAGGUCUACGAAGGUGAAGUGACAGAGCUCACGCCUGAAGAAGCCGAAAACCCGCUCGGAGGCUAUGGCCGCACCAUCUCGCACCUCCUCAUCAACCUCAAGUCCGCCAAGGGCACAAAGAAGCUGCGACUCGACCCAUCCAUAUACGAGGCCAUACAGAAGGAGCGCGUCCGUCUGGGCGAUGUCAUCUACAUUGAAGCCAAUACGGGAGCCGUAAAGCGCGUCGGGCGAUCAGACGCUUACGCGACUGAGUUCGACCUAGAGGCGGAGGAAUACGUCCCGAUACCCAAGGGCGAUGUGCACAAGAAGAAGGAGAUUGUUCAGGAUGUUACCCUGCACGACCUAGAUGUUGCCAACGCGCGGCCGCAAGGUGGUCAGGACAUUAUGAGCAUGAUGGGCCAGUUGAUGAAGCCUAAGAAGACUGAGAUCACUGAGAAGUUACGGUUGGAGAUCAACAAGGUCGUUAACAGGUACAUCGACCAGGGCAUCGCAGACCUAGUACCCGGUGUGCUCUUCAUUGACGAGGUUCACAUGCUCGAUCUCGAGGCAUUCACAUUCCUGAACCGCGCUCUGGAAUCCCCUCUGUCACCUCUUGUCAUCCUCGCAUCGAACCGCGGCAACACACAUAUUCGUGGCGGAGAGAACCUUCCUCCUUCAGCGCACGGCAUCCCGACCGAUCUCCUCGCGCGUCUGCUCAUCAUCCCUACACACCCAUACGGACCCGCAGAGAUCAAGUCAAUUAUUUCCACGCGCGUCACGACUGAGAAGCUCAACAUCUCUGCGCCUGCAAAGGAGAAGGUCAGCGCUCUUGGUGAGAAGAUCAGUCUGCGAUACGCGCUGCAACUUCUCGCACCCGCAAGUGUACUGGCCGAGGUCAAUGGACGGGAGAACAAGCAAAUCGAGGUGGACGAUGUGGAGGAAUGUCAAAGCCUGUUCUUGGAUGCAGGAAGGAGUGCGCGAGCACUGGGCGAGACGAAUGGAUACAUUUCAUCGACGGUCAAGAAAGUCGUCUUCGCCUUCGACUCACAAAGAACUUUCACUUCACACGCAACAUACCUCGUGCAAGCCACGCAGCUUACAACAGACCUCAUACCUGUGCAACUCUCCAUCAUGACCGCCACAAUGCGCACCAUCACGCGCCUCCCGCGCCAGCUCUCCCGCCGCACCUUCAGCAUCUCCACCCGACACGCGCAAGCACCUUUUGGCUCGGGCCCAGCACCACCACGCCUCCCCAAAGAAGACCAAGAAAUCUUCGAAAAGCUACAAAAGCAAAGCACCGGCGCCUUCAGCACCCCAAAGGACAUCGAAACACCUACCUCGACCCCCAACAUCCGCAUGCGCAUCAACCAGUCGCCGGACUCGUCUCCUACACCCGCGUCUCCAGCCUCGGCGUCACGACCCCAGAUAAACCAGUCGCCUGAUAGUGCUAGUAGUGAAGGGCCGGAGAUUAGAUUUGAGAAUGGCAAGCAGAUCAAGAAGGGAGAGGAGUUCCAUCCUAAUAUGAGGAGAGGGGCGCCGCCGGAGUUUGAGGGCGAUGUCAAUCCCAAGACGGGGGAGGUGGGCGGACCGAAGAAUGAGCCGCUUAGGUGGGGGAGUACGGGGAAGACGGGGGAUUGGAGUUAUAAUGGGAGGGUUACUGAUUUUUGA